ACAAUAAAUAUGAAAGCAUUCUGUUCUGUGCACAAGAAAAGAAUAGUGAGAUGCCUUUUUCUUCCUUGCAAAGCCUGGCUGUGACAGAUAAAAAUCUUAUUGAGAUCUGUCUGGAAGAGCAGAUUCCAUGGGAGGAAAUAAAAUUGACUGAACAGAUAGAAAACAUUGAGGAGCAAAUGACGUCAGCCCAGGACACAGUGGCAGAGCUUAAAGCCCAGCUAUUCUCUAUCAAUGACGUGCUAAUGCAGGGGCGUCCCCUUGUCCAGGAGAACAACUAUGAUACAGAGAUUCUGGAUGAAGAAAACCCAGAAGAAUUUGUGAAGGAGGAAAUUGAGAGUCUGAAAACUGUUAUCGAGAUAAAAAAUGAAUUACUCCGCAAACAGGAAGCCCAGCUGGUGGAAUACAGAGACAUGAUUGAGAAGAACCUGAUUCAGGAGAAGAAAAGACUAGAGCAGGAAAACCAAGAACUGAGAAUGCUGUCUCAAAGGAAAACAGCCGAAAGCCUCUAUUGGACAAUCCAACUCAAUACAUUAUUACAAGAGGUGACGGAACUGUCCAACCCACCGACCGGAUAA